CAAGCUUCCCGGCUCCUGGGCAGUGGGGAAGCCCCCGGGGGCGGGUGACCUUAGCUGGCCACGACCCAGCCCUCCCCCGUGCGUAUCUCGCUUAAGAUGGCAGCGGAGUCAGGGGAACUAAUCGGGGCUUGCGAGUUCAUGAAAGAUCGGUUAUAUUUUGCUACUUUAAGGAAUAGACCAAAAAGCACAAUAAAUACCCACUAUUUCUCCAUCGAUGAGGAGCUGGUCUAUGAAAAUUUCUAUGCAGAUUUUGGACCUCUGAAUUUGGCAAUGGUGUACAGAUAUUGCUGUAAACUAAACAAGAAACUGAAAUCAUACAGUUUAUCAAGAAAGAAAAUAGUACACUACACCUGUUUUGACCAACGGAAAAGAGCAAAUGCAGCAUUUUUGAUAGGUGCCUAUGCUGUAAUCUAUUUAAAGAAGACACCAGAAGAAGCCUACAGAGCACUCCUAUCUGACUCAAACACCCCUUAUCUUCCAUUCAGGGAUGCUUCGUUUGGAAAUUGCACUUACAGUCUCACCAUCCUCGACUGUUUGCAGGGAAUCAGAAAGGGAUUACAACAUGGAUUUUUUGACUUUGAGACAUUUGAUGUGGAUGAAUACGAACAUUAUGAGCGAGUUGAAAAUGGUGACUUCAACUGGAUUGUUCCAGGAAAAUUUUUGGCAUUUAGUGGACCACAUCCUAAAAGCAAAAUUGAAAAUGGUUAUCCUCUUCAUGCCCCUGAAGCCUACUUCCCUUAUUUCAAAAAGCAUAACGUGACUGCAAUCGUGAGGCUGAACAAAAAGAUUUACGAGGCAAAGCGCUUCACAGACGCUGGCUUCGAGCACCAUGACCUCUUCUUCAUAGACGGCAGCACACCCAGCGACAACAUCGUGCGAAGGUUCCUGAACAUCUGUGAGAACACGGAAGGGGCCAUCGCGGUUCACUGCAAAGCUGGCCUUGGAAGAACAGGGACAUUGAUAGCCUGUUAUGUCAUGAAACACUACAGGUUUACACAUGCUGAAAUAAUUGCUUGGAUCAGAAUCUGCCGGCCGGGCUCCAUUAUAGGACCCCAGCAGCACUUCCUGGAAGAAAAGCAAGCAUCAUUGUGGGUCCAAGGAGACAUUUUCCGAUCCAAACUGAAAAAUAGACCAUCCAGUGAAGGAAGUAUUAAUAAAAUUCUUUCUAGCUUAGAUGAUAUGUCUAUUGGUGGAAACUUAUCUAAAAUACAAAACAUGGAAAGAUUUGGAGAGAAUAAUUUAGAAGAGGACGAAGAUGUGGAAAUGAAAAAUAGUAUAACUCAAGGAGACAAACUACGUGCCUUAAAAAGUCAGAGACAGCCACGCACCUCACCGUCUUGUGCAUUUAGGUCAGAUGACACGAAAGGGCAACCAAGAGCAGUGUCCCAGCCUUUCAGAUUAAGUUCUUUGCCACAAGGAUCUGCGCCUACUUUGAAGACAGCAAAAGUGGCUUUGUCCCCUUCAGCGACGGCCAAAAGGAUAAACAGAGGUUCUUUGUCUUCAGGCCCCAGUGUAAGAAGCUUUUCCAUAAAUUCCAGGCUAGCCAGUUCUCUAGGGAACUUGAAUGCUGCAACAGAUGAUCCAGAGAACAAAAAGACCUCCCCACCCUCUAAGGCAGGUUUCGCAGCCAACCCGUUCACCAGCCUCUUGAAUGGCAGCUCCCAGCCGACUACCAGAAAUUACCCUGAACUCAACAACAACCAGUACAACAGAAGCAGCAGCAGCAGCAGCAGCGGCGGUGGUGGGGGCAACCUGAAGAGCCACCUAGGCCCCCACAGCGCCAAGACCGAGGAACACGCUACUAUCCUCAGACCCUCCUACGCCGGGCUUUCUUCUUCUUCAGCGAGAUUCCUGAGCCGGUCUAUCCCCUCCCUUCAGUCUGAAUAUGUUCAUUACUAAGGCCUUGCCACUCCGGUGAAUGCUGUUCCACUCUUAGACACAAUUUCUUCAUCCAGACGAGCAAUGUAGAGGGAAACAAUUUCCUGCUGGAAGAACAUCUCUGCCUUCUUACCUUAAAUUAAGGAGAGCACUAAGAUAACACCUCCAAGAGACUUGAAACCAAAAAACUGGUUAAUGACUACUAUAAAUGCUACUACUGAAAUUAUGUUUAUGGAGAUUUCAACACUUUUUAAGACAGUUUAAUGCUAAAUUUGGUAUUUUGAAAGGUUAUUUUUAAUGUAUUUCGGUAAUACAUUUAUUAUUGCAUUUACAUGUACAGUGUUAACAUUAUAUAUGUAUUGUGAACUUUGAAAGACUAUUUUGAUAAAUUUAUAAAUAUAUAAAAUUAUGUAAAAACUAGACUAUAUUUUGAUUUAGAUUUUCAUGAUGUUUGCUACCAAAAAUUUGUAUUUUAAAUUUGUUUAGUUUUAGUAUGGUUUUGUCUACAAUGAAUAAAUAAUUCCUCCAUAUAAAGAAAGAGGAAGAGAAAGUUUUAGAAAGUGAUUUUUAUGCUCCUACUAGGAAUACGGCAGAUCAGUUCAUUCUUUCGGGAAGUCAGUCUAAUUUAACUCAGUUUAUCCAAGUUUAUCUCUACCAAGAGUACAAUCAUCUGAUAUGUCUUAUUUAGGACAAUUUCCUUUCCUUUUGUUUUUGUUGCUGAGCCAAUUAAAUUAGUUUUGCAUCCUUGGGGCCUUUAAAAAACUUAGCAUACAGUUGAAGAUCAGAAUUCACUGAAUGUUUCUCCUGAAAGCAUGGUGUUUCUCUGUGAAAUGACUCAACAUUCCAAAUGCUUUUAUUUCUUUCUUCCUUUCAAAAGAGUUCUUAAACCGAAUAAAAUAUCCUACUUUUGGUACGAAGUUGCUGUUGCCUGUAAUCACACAUGGUCUGAUGCCAGUUUUAAAUCAAUGAAGAGAAAAAAGACAGAAAAAGAUGCUGCUAAGUAGUUCUCUAUCUUAAAGGAGAUGUUUUUAAAACAGAAUACACCCCCCGAGUGCACACGCGUAUCUGGAACCUUACAAAAAAAUAAAAGGACCCCUCUUAUAGGUACUCACAGCUCUUUGAUGUAAGUGUAAUCUUGUUUUAGGUCUUCAGAAACCUGCAGGCUUCCUUUCUAGGAGGAGUCAGGGAGCCUUAGAUCCUGAUUCCCUUCCAGGCUGCUUAGGAAUGGACUACUCCGACCUUGAAAGUGCUAGUUAAAUGGAUUCAUAUGAAGUGUUUACUCCCAACCAUUGAGUAAAUUAGAAUGUAUUUAUUAGGAGGGGGUACCUUGAGACUAUGUGCUUCAGCACAACAGUUUUGUUCAUGUUGUUUGUUUUUAAAAAGGCAUUUAAAUGAAUGUUUGACUCAGGUUUGUUAACCUUCAAUAAUUGCAGUACCAAAAAUUGCACUAAACUGAUGAAAAAAAUGAAUUGUAUGUUUUAGGAAUAAAAAUUAAAAUAAGUGGAAUUAAAUUGUUUAUCUUUUCUAAAGCUGAAAAAGUAAAAUAUUUUAUUAUGAGUUAUUGUAAAAAAUUGGGUAAUUGUACAGAAAGAUGAUAGUAUUUUUUGAGAUAAUCAUUGAAAAGUAAUUCAUAUGACAUUUGAAAAGUAGGGGAAAGGGAACCAUGUUGACGGUUUUAGUUCUGUGAACACUAAUUUGUGUGCAGCUAUUAAAAUGAUUGUAAAGUUGACUACUGUAAAUUUUCCAUAAUUUUGUGUUAAUGUCAUAUGUAUCUACAUGUGUAUGUCUUAAAAAUUAUUUUACACAUGUUUGUACAUAGACACACCAAGAGGUGGAUGUAUAUAAUAUAGAAAGUAUAUAGCAAAGUAAUUCUACUCCAAUAAUAAAAAUUGUUUGACAUGUAUUUUCUUAUGAAUAGUUUAUCCUCCAAAAGAUAUUUUGUUCUAUUUUAAAGUGUAGAAGAAUACACUGCUAAUAAAUAAAAGUUUUAUGCAAUUUA